GAUAUAUACAACCGCACGUCUUCACGCGCGUUGGUUUCCGCAUGUGAACUGUUACAGAGAGCUUUCGCGAAGCUUCAUUUGUUUCAGAGUCGGUUCGAGGGAGGGCUGGACUGUAAUCACGUGUUCCGGUCGGAAUCUGUCGUCAUUCAAGGCUGCUGUGCGUUGAUCUUUGGAUGAUCCAAGGCGACUUCCUGUGGAGCUUAAUCAAGCUGUGGCAUGUGGGGACGUCUUCGUGAUUCGUCCUCCAUGUGCAAGCGCAUGCCGUCCAGGGAUUAUACUAAUCCAGAAGGUGUAGAAGAGAAUUCAGGACAUCAUGAGUCAGGAGAUUAUGAAUCCUUCUUGGAAGCUUUCUCUCCCGCAUAUACUUGUGGCCUCAAUAGUUUCAUUCUUAUUUGGCUACCAUCUUGGGGUUGUUAAUGAACCGCUGGAGAGCAUUUCAAUUGAUCUUGGUUUUAGUGGGAAUACCCUAGCAGAAGGUCUGGUGGUUAGUAUAUGUCUGGCUGGUGCCUUCAUUGGAUCUCUACUUAGUGGUUGGAUUGUUGAUGGGAUUGGUCGCCGUAAAGCUUUUCAAUUGUGUGCUUUGCCCAUGAUUAUUGGUGCUUCCAUUAGUGCAAUGACACAAAAUUUGGAAGGUAUGCUUCUUGGGAGAUUUUUGGUGGGAACUGGAUUGGGUGUGGGCCCUCCUGUUGCAUCUCUCUAUGUUACGGAGGUAUCUCCUUCUUUUAUUAGGGGUACUUAUGGAAGCUUCAUCCAGAUUGCAACAUGUCUAGGACUAAUUGGAGCUCUAUUUAUUGGAAUUCCUGUCAAGACCAACCCUGGAUGGUGGCGUUUGUGUUUCUGGGUAUCUACAAUUCCGGCUGCAAUACUUACAGUUGCCAUGGCAUUCUGUGCAGAGAGUCCACAUUGGCUAUAUAAGCGUGGAAGAAGUGCUGAAGCUGAAAUUGAGUUUGAGAAGCUUUUGGGAGGAUCGCAUGUCAAAUCUGCGAUCGCAGAACUCUCUAAGGUGGACAGGGAUGAGACUGACACCAUAAAAUUCUCAGAAUUGCUUUAUGGUCGCCACUCCAGAGUUGUUUUUAUUGGAUCCACCCUAUUUGCUUUACAACAGCUAUCUGGAAUAAAUGCUGUAUUUUAUUUCUCUUCAACUGUAUUUAGAAGUGCUGGAGUGUCGUCGAACCUUGCAAACAUCUUUGUGGGAGUUGCAAAUUUUUUAGGGUCUAUUAUUGCACUGAUUUUGAUGGACAAACUGGGGAGGAAGGCCCUUCUUAUGUGGAGCUUCUUUGGCAUGGCAAUAUCGAUGGCCUUGCAAGUUGCCGCUGCAGGUCUUCCUUUAUCAUCUUCUGGGGGUUUCUACCUGUCUGUUGGUGGCAUGCUACUGUUUGUCUUGACAUUUGCCGUGGGAGCUGGUCCAGUGCCUGGUCUUCUCCUAUCAGAGAUUUUCCCUAGCCGAAUUAGGGCCAAAGCUAUGGCAUUUUGUAUGUCAGUGCACUGGGUGUUCAAUUUCUUUGUGGGCUUGCUGUUCUUGCGUCUGCUUGAACAACUUGGGCGGCAGCUCUUGUACUUCAUUUUUGGUACCUUCUGCAUGAUAGCUGUCCUAUUCGUUAAAAGAAAUGUGAUGGAAACAAAAGGAAAAUCUCUCCAGGAAAUUGAAAUCGCUCUUCUUCCAGAGGACUAAAUUAUGGUACCUUUUCUUCUUUUCUUGGGGAAAUCAUCUCUUCCCAGUUAACUGGUGAGCAGAGACAUAGUUUUUUUUAUGUUUUUUGCUGAUAUUGCCGUGUCGCAGCUAAAUCUAUAGAAGUGUUUUAAGACAUCGAUUGAAGUAGUAGUAUCGGUUACCAGAUGGAUGAUACGUUGGAACGGCUUCAAUCGUGCCGAGCCUGCCAAAGCUGAAGCUGAGAGAUCUGCUUGCUAAGGCCCUUGUAUGGUGCGAGAGAGCUUUUUGAUUUGUAAUUUUGUAUGUUCUAGCAAGUUUUUAUAUACAUGUAUGCCCCCUUUGAUAACUGCUUGCCAUGUGAAUGAUGUACGGAUUAAAGUUUACCUGGCUUCGUAAGUGUGUUGAUGUUAGAUAUUUUGAGUA